UUAACUUUUCUACUGUGACAAUCAUCAUUGUCUUGUUGUAUGUUGAUCUUAUUGGGCAAUCGCUCCUUCCACUCCCACAAAGAUGUUUUAUUUUCGACUUGUCAUACAUCCUAUUUUAUUUAUCACAGGUAAACAAGGCAGGAGAGUUACUAUAAAUUGUACAAUACACACAUAAUAUAAGAAAAGAUCCUAAUCAGAGGUGGGCAAACCACAGUGAAGUUAAUUUUAAAUUUAAAUCACCUACAAUAAACACUUUACAGACCCAUAACCUGUUUAUAAUCAUCUAUGAUAUGUGACUCGCUUUGUCCUCAUUAUCUGAAUACUUCUUUGCCCGAGUGUCUGCUCUCGUUCGUUGCCUGGAUUUUGUUCCCUCUGCUUAGCGUAGCAAUGGCGGACAAACGACCGGAAGGUGUGAGAAUGAAACGAGAAAUCGGGCUCGUUGGCGGCAUAACGUUUAUUUCGGGAUCGAUGAUUGGAUCUGGUAUAUUCAUGUCCCCACAGUUUUUACUGGCCUAUGUGGGAAGCCCUGGAGCCAGUCUGCUGAUCUGGGCUCUGUCAGGAGUUGUAGCUAUGUUUGCAGCACUGUCCUACGCAGAGCUCGGCACCAUCAUUCCUGAAUCUGGUGGAGAGUUCAUCUACAUUCUGAGAAUAUUUGGCUCGUUCCCUGCUUUCUUUGCCGCAGUCACGUUUACCCUGGUUGUGAAGCCAUUUGGCGCUUCGGCAAUGGCAAUGAGCAUUGCAGAAUAUGCCACGGCACCUCUUUACAUAGACUGCCCUCCUCCACAGCAGGUGGUCAAGUGUGUGGCUGCUGUGGCUAUUCUGGUUGUUUCCAUAGUCAAUUGUUUGAAUGUCCGCGUCGCUGUCAGAAUCCAGGUGGUCUUCCUGGUGGCCAAAGUAGUGACAUUGACACUCAUAGUAAUCGGAGGGGUAGUCGAGCUCACCCACAGCAGUGCUGUCAUCGUAGAAAAUCUGAACGUUGAGAAUGCAUUUAAAGGGACCCAGGUCUCUUUGAGCACUCUAGGCAUGGCUUUUUAUCAAGGACUCUGGUCUUAUUCUGGUUGGAACAACUUGAACUAUGUUAUAGAGGAGCUGAAGAGACCAGAGGUCAAUCUCCCAAGGGCUGUUGUGAUAGCCAUUUCUCUGGUGACGGGCUUGUAUCUGCUGGUGAAUGUGAGCUAUCUGACGGUAAUGACGCCUAAAGAGCUCAUGUCCUCCAACGCAGUAGCAGUUACCUGGGGGAAUAAGGUGUUAGGCAGCUGGGGGUGGAUCAUGUCUGUGGCUGCAGCAUUGUCUGCUUUUGGUUCACUGAACGGCACCUUCUUCAGUGGAGGUCGCGUGUGCUUUGUUGCUGCCAGAGAAGGACAUAUGCCAGACAUUCUUUCCAUGGCUCACGUGCGCAGACUGACUCCGUCCCCAGCUCUGAUCUUCACCACCAUCAUCUCUCUGGUGGUGCUGAUCCCUGGAGACUUCCAGAGUAUCGUCAACUACUUCAGUUUCACUGCCUGGUUUUUCUAUGCCAUCACCAUGUGUGGACUCCUCUAUCUCAAGAUAAAGAAGCCAGAACUUCCGAGGCCAUACAAGGUUCCCAUUAUACUCCCCAUCCUGGUCCUUGUCGCAGCAGUAUUCCUUGUGCUGGCCCCCAUCAUAGAUAAUCCUCAGAUUGAAUACCUCUAUGUAUCUUUAUUUAUUUUCAGUGGAAUCCUUGUCUAUAUACCCUUCAUUCAUUACAAGCUCUGCCCAGGCCUGUUGACAAAGUUAACAUUAUUCCUGCAGCUGUUCUUAGAGGUCGCCCCGGCAGACAAAAACCUGUAAUUUUGUAGGUGUUGUGCACCUGCGUGAUGUGAUAUAAAACAUUAAGAAGCCUC